AUGGGCAAAUUGUUAUUAUUUGCAAAAGCGAAUACAUUCUAUUCAGCAGAAAUUCCGAUUGCUCCCGAUUACACCAGACGUGAAUGCAAGCUGGCUAAUGUGAGUGACCAAUUGAUUGAAAUGAGCGAAGAAGAUAGGCUGGAAGCUUUCACGACUACGAAAUUGCUGAAUCCACAAUCAACAGGAUAUCUCCAACGAGAAAAGGUGUUCGAUGAAAAACUGCAAGAAGUUAUGAAACCUGAAGAAUACCCUGCUGACAUCACCUUAAACACAUUUAUCCGUGAAUAUGCUAAGCUAUUUGGGACGAAAUUUUACUGCUUGGAAGGAGGAUGUAGCUGUUGCACCGUUACUGUUCGGACUCAUCACCCAGUUUCCAAUAAGUACUAUAGUCGGGCAGCAAACUCGUGCCUUGUUCUCUUGAACAUUUGCCAUGGAUGGGACAUAGUAACAAUCGAAGGGUUGGGAGAUCGGCGCAGUGGUUAUCAUCCCCUGCAAGAGCGACUGGCCCAGUUUAAUGGCACCCAAUGCGGAUAUUGCUCGCCUGGUAUGAUAAUGAACAUGUUCAGUCUCUUGGAGGCAUCUGGCGGAAAGGUUUCGGCGGAGGAGAUAGAGAACAGUUUCGGGGGCAAUCUGUGCAGAUGCACAGGAUAUCGUCCAAUUCUUGAAACGAUGAAAUCUUUCGCAUCUGAUUGCGACUAUGAGUUUGUUGAGAAGGAAUGUGAUAUUGAAGAUUUGCGACUAUGCUCGAAGAUUGGCCAAAUCUGCGAUCGGAAGUGUAGCAUUCCGAAAAUCGCAAAAGUAGAUGACCAACGUGUUUGGUAUCAUCCGCGUAGCCUAUCAGAAAUCUUUCAGAUUUUCGAGGAUAUUCAUGAACGUAGAUACACUCUGAUCGCAGGGGGUACAGCCCACGGGGUGUACCGACGAGAUCCUAACAUUGAAGUUUUCAUAGAGGUGAAUAAUGUGACAGAGCUUCAUUCAUAUAAAAUAGGAGAUGUCGUUGAGUUAGGGGCAAACGUAACCUUAACAGGAAUGAUGAGGGUUUUAAAGGAAGCGGCGGCUCGUCCAGGAUUUGAAUACUUUGAGGAAACUUUGAGGCACCUGGAUUUGGUUGCUAGUGUACAGAUACGAAAUUUUGGAACGAUUGCUGGAAAUUUGAUGACAAAGCACGAUCAUAAUGGUUUCGUGUCCGAUAUUUUUACAAUUCUACUAAGUAUCGACGCACGAAUUGUUGUAGCCAACCCUUCUUCGCAAGUGGAGAGAUCACUAAUAGAAUUCUUCAAGUCUGAUAUGCGACAUCGGAUAAUUGUAAAGAUUAUCUUACCUCAAUGGAAUAAAAGCACAACUCUAUACGGCUCAUAUAAGAUUCUACCGCGAGCUCAACAUGCGCACGCCCUUGUUAAUGCUGGAUUUCACUUUACAUUCUCUGGGUCACAGAUAAACUCAUCGAGAAUAGCUUUUGGUGGAAUAAACCCUAAUUUUACUGAAUCCCACGCGACCGUAGAAUUUUUCGAAGGUCGCAAUCUUUUCGACCCCGACACCUUCACACAAUCACUCGAGAUUUUAGGUGCUGAGUUGCAACCAGAUUGGAUAUUGCCAGCAGCGUCACCAGAAUUCCGAAGGAGACUGGCGCUUGGUUUAUUUUAUAAGUUCUUAAUAAAGAAUGCCCCGGAAGGACUUGUCAAAGUGACAUAUCGCAGCGGAGGCCAUUUACUGCAACGGCCUGUCUCAAGCGGAACACAAUACUUUGAUACUAAUAAAAAAGAGUGGCCUGUAAAUCAACCCGUUCGGAAGCUGGAAGCUUUAUGGCAGUGCUCGGGAGAAGCAACCUACUCGAACGAUAUUCCACAAAUGCACGAGGAAGUUUGGGCCGCAUUUGUACCAGCCACAAGAGUUCAUGCUACUGUCGCGAAAAUUGAUCCCUUCUGA